AUGCCUUUAGGCGAACCCCAGUUUGCUACGGUCUCGCUCCUUCUUGGGGACGCGGUAGAGGGGACAUUUCGCGUACCGAUUACCGAUGAAACCACUGUGCGUCGCCUGGCAAAGGACGCAAUGCAUCGACUCAUUGCCCGUUCCAACACCGGAAGGCAUGUUAUUCCGCGGGAUAAAAUAUCGGUGUCAGAGGUUUUUGUGAAGAGCGGCACAGAUAAGGCGGAGAUAUUCGCACAAGACCUUGUCAACCAAGUCGUGCUUGUCAAGGAGGAAGUACUUUACAUGCGACUGCGCAUAAGGGAGACGGUAACGGCAGGGAUGAGGGAAGAAUUCCUCACGGCGACAACCAGCACUGUGGGUGCCACCACCAGCAACAUUGACAAAAAUGGACGCAUGAAUUCCACCACCGUUCAGACUGUUGACGUGCACUCGUCGACAGGAGAACCGCCGCAAGAGAAGGCGUCGAAAGGAAAGAAGAAUUCUGUUGCUACGGAGAAGCCGGUCGAACACACAUCCUCCUCUUUCUUAUCCUCUGGUGCUGCGGCCGGGGAGAAGUGUGAAGCGCAAAAUGGAAAAAGAGCCAAGCAGGAGGGAGGAGAAGAGACGGAAGUCAAGAAGGAGGAUGCUAGGACCGUGGCGGGUGGUGGAAAGGGAAAAGGCACGGGGCGUGGACUUGGCUGGGGUCCAGAGGCGCACAAGUGCUUUGCCGAUAACUACAUUACCAGUCCCAACAGACUUAUGCAGAAGUCUCGGGCGAAGCGAAAGGCCACUGCAAAGAAAGCGACAACGCCCGUGACAAAACUGAAAGGGAAAAGAGAAUUGCCGGAAAAGGAGCCAUCACCGGAGGUUGAUGCUGUCACGCAGCCGAAGCGACGACUGGGGUGGGGUCCUGAGGCCGAGAAAUAUUUUCCUGACAAUUAUGUCGCCUCCCCCGAUAGGAUUGCACGGCUCAAGCGUCAAGGAAAACGCAUGCAAGAGAAAAAGAAAAAGGAAGAGGAAGAAGCGGCAAGACAAGAACGAGAGAAGAAGGAAAAGGAGGAGGAGGAGGAGGAGGCGAAAAUGAGGAAAAAGAAUGCGGCGUCUUCUGCCCCAACCUUUUCAAGCAUUGUGCAAUCGUUGGAAAAACGCCUGAAUGAGAAUCAGCACCGUGAUACUUCUCCAGACUGCACCUCUACAGUUACGACGCGCAACAUCAAGGGAGGAACAAGUGAGGGGGGUCGAGAGCCUCGAACGGCACCCACCGCGCUUGCAGUGGCUUCCACACCGCAUCCAAACCACGGGAAUGCAUGCCGUCGCAGUACCGGCUCCAACUUAAGCCGGAAAAGACGAUUAGGUGAAAUUGGGGAGGAUGGGAGCGCUUUAUUUCCCAUUGUUGUGGAGCGACAGCUUAGUUUUGAGGCCGCAGAGGAGACGUCCACCACCCACACUCCCAAGGAGCAGACGACGCGGCAACUGCUUGAAGGUGGAACCGCGGCAGGUGAGCCUCAACAGAAGGCUCCUCCAGAGGGGUGGGGAAAGGAAGCCACACGUUACUUUGACGUGGAGACGUACUUUGAUGAUCCUAGCAAGGCGAGGCUGAGCGCGGAGAUUUUGGCACGCCCUAUUCGAGCUAGGAGAGACGUUGUGCUGCCGUACUACUUUUCCGCCAUAGCCAAGUAA